GCAUGUCACAAUUCCCGCCAUUUCGCCAGUCCCGUGCCGAGCCUCACGCGACACGCACGCGGUUCGCGCUCCACACACACAAAAUAAUAUAAUGAAUAAAAUCUUGUGAAUCUAACAGAAAUUUGACAGUGAUUCCUGUAAAUUUUGCGUGUGAUCACCGACUUGGUUGAUCUCAGACGGUGUUUGACGGAAGAAGGAUCGCCGCCACAUUGUUUUCGCGUCCCACUACAACGAAACAACACUGCAAAAGUCCAAAAAACUAGUGUAAAGUGAACUAAAAUAAUGUGCAACGCAACAGUACGAUUCUCCGUUCCCGAAUCGCGCUCGGUCACCUUCGGCUGUUUCCGUGACAGCUGUCAAUGAGACACCAAGAUGGCGGAGAAGGUCAGCUGAUCAGAAAGUUGCCCGCGCCAGCCUCGCAGCAAGAGGCGAAUUAAGCGCAUCAUGCAGGUGUUUGGCGAAUGGGCUCAAGUGGAGGUGGUGGAGCUGGUGAACGAUGGGUCGGGGCUGGCGUUCGGCAUCGUGGGCGGCCGCUCCUCCGGGGUCGUCGUCAAGAGCGUGCUGCCGGGCGGCGUGGCUGACAGAGAUGGUCGUCUCCGCAGCGGCGACAUGCUCCUACGCAUCGGCGCGGUAUCAGUGGUGGGGAUGUGCGCGCGACAAGCUGCAGCAGUUCUGCGGCAGUGCGGCGCGUGCGUGCGUCUGCUCGUCGCGCGCCCCGCAGCGUCCAGCGGCGUGCCCAUGCCUGAUACGAGACAGACUAUGCAGCCUCUAGGAGCAACUCCAGCACCAGUAGUACCAUCACGUCUCCUAGCAGACCCCAUAGAGUUGGAGCGUCGGUUAUCAGAAGCUGGUCAUGAUGGAUUCGGAGCACUAUGUGAGGACACAUCACCACCGUCGCCGCCACCUACCAUCAUUGAAGAAAGGCUGCAUCAUAGGCCGGUGGCGUCGAUAGUGGCGGUGGUACCUCGCGGUGCGCUCGCGCCGUCUCCUCGCCCGCCCGCCUUCGUGCCGCCGCCGCCGCAGCCUCAACCACCACCUGUCAGGUUACCUCUAGACAUGGCAGUCAGAGGUACAGGAGAACCGGAGACACUCAGCUAUGAUGUGGAACUGAACAAGGACUCUGCACUAGGACUCGGCAUCACUGUUGCUGGAUAUGUUUGUGAACAAGAGGAAUUGAGUGGUAUCUUCGUGAAGAGUAUCAGUGAGGGCAGCUCCGCAGACUUGUGCGGCAAGAUACAAGUUAACGACAGGAUUGUAGAGGUCGAUGGAGUUUCAUUACACGGGGUGACGAACCAUCGCGCUGUGGCAUUGCUAAGGGAUGCCAAGGGACCCGUAGUACGGUUGAAGGCUUUGAGUAAUAACUCUUGUAGGUAUCUUCGGGGGGCGGGGUUUGAGAAGCUUCAGAAAGCGUUGGCAGCGCAAGAUGGACGGAGGUCACCGAUAGCUCCACCGAGUCCUUCCGUCACAUCGCUUGCCAAGUAUAGCUUUAGUGUGUAUGACGAAUCAACAGUAAUAGAAGCGGAACCCGAAUCAGAAAUCCUGCCUCAUCUCCCAUCACCCAUGUCACCUUCCGAAGAAGCAGAGAUUGUGAUAGGAAGAGAUGAUGAAGUAUCAGAGAGAGAGGCGAGAAGAAUACAGGACAAGUGGCGGGAUAUACUGAGGCAAGAGGCAGACUGGCCUGGACAUCAGUACCAGUAUGAUAUUGUGGUGGGCACAAUAAUAAAAGAGAAGGACAGCGGACUAGGCAUAUCCCUGGAAGGCACAGUUCGUGUGGUGGCUGGUAAAGAAGUGCAAGCGAGGCAUUACAUCAGGGCUAUAGCCCCGAAUGGACCUGUCGCCAGGCUUGGGAUGUAUAGGGUUGGAGAUGAGCUGCUUGAGGUAAACGGCUGGCGGGUACUAGGUGCUCAUCACGUCGAGGUGGUGACGCGGCUGCGAGCUGUGACGUCACCCGUCAUACUGGUGGUCGUGAGGAAGAGAGACCAACAGCCCAUGAUCAGUGAGAGGCUGUCUGAUGCUGGGUUUGCUAGGAGUAAUAUCCUAGGAGGUAGUCUACAAGACUUGCUAAGUCCUCCUCAGCGACUCAUCAAGGCGAAAUCUGAGAGUUCUGUGGCGUCUCUCUGCAGUGCUACCACUGUCAUGUCUGCUUCUCAUGAUCAUGAUGAAUUCUGCAGUGAGGAUCUAGAGCGAGUUCGUUCGCGAUCCCUGGAGCCCCUGAGCGGGCUCGCCAUGUGGAGCGAUCACGUCGAAUACAUCCAGCUGCUGAAGGAAGAUCGGGGAUUGGGAUUCUCUAUAUUGGAUUAUUUGGAUCCAUCAGAGCCCGGCAGCUCAGUGAUAGUAGUCCGUUCGGUGGUGUCGGGCGGCGCGGCGGCGCGCGACGGGCGGCUCGCGCCGGGGGACAGGCUCGUCAGCGUCAACGGGACACAUGUGGCGAGGAGUCCGCUUGCUCAUGCUGUGGCUGCCAUCAAGGGGGCACCUAGAGGAAUAGUGACGAUUGGCAUAGCUAAGCCUUUACCUUGCAGUACUGUGGUCGGCGGGGAGAAGGCCAACGGUCACAGCAUACAAAGCAGUCAGGAAUGUAUUAACUCCCUCGCGUCGGAUGAUCACACCGGCAUGGAUUCCUUCCACGAAUGUCUCCAAGAGUACGGAGAAGGUCUCGAAGUAGUACAAAUAUGUCUCGAACCUGAAGAAGCAUCUAUAAAGGAUGAUGAACUAUCAGCGUUAGGAGAUCUCAGCCUUGAAGAUUGUAAGAAAAUUAAAAGUGAUGUUAUUACAAAUUCGAAGUCCGAAAUCAAAAUCAAUGGAGUAACUGAGAUGAAGUAUUCGAAGUCAGAGGAGUCUUUAGAUGAACAUGAUGAUGAUAUGACAAUAACUGAAGAUGACGUCUUAGUUGCUCCUCGAGAACUUCCCGAUAUCAGAAGUAAAUCAGCUGAUAGGAAAGAAGAUGGCGAGCGAUGUUUGUCUAAACAACAGAGUAAAGAUAUUUCAACGUCAGACGAAAUGGUUUUCGCAGUCACUCCAACUGGAUUAGAAAGAAUAAGUUUUGACAAGUACUGGAAAGAAAGCGAUGUGAAAAUAGAUAAAGAAUUAGUUAAAGUUAAGAGUGAUGAAAGUUGGAAAGAGUGUCUCAACUCCCCAAACGAAGAUACGGUUAGUUUCUUCGAUGCAACCACAAGAAUAUCCGUCCAGGAAGAGAAUAGUUCCCUAUUGUAUAUAGAUCACGAGAUUGACGGUUACGAAACAUGUCUGGACGAAGACUCGUCAUCACAAAAGUGCACAGUAAAACAAGCUCGUAAAAUGAACGGGGAUACUGACAUCAAAGAUUUUAGUAAACACGAUGAAAAAAUAGCAUUUAAAAACAAAGACAACGAUGUAAGUGCCAAAAUAGUGAAGGAACAGAACACUGCCAAUACGAAGAGUUACGACGACGUCUCGUACCCGUACGUCCACGAACAUAUAAUAAAACAGAUGAAAUCAUUGAGGAUAGAACCUCUUAACGUAAACAUUCAUAAAAAGAAAAAGAAAGAUAAAAGUCCAACGAAACCGUCCAAACAGGAAAGAAUACAAUGCGUCGAGUACUACAACGAUCAAGCUGAAUGCUUGAAAGAGAUACGACAGAAGAAGUUAGAAGAAGAGGAGAAGAAGCACAAAGAAUAUAAACACAAGGAAAAGAAGCACACAGACGAACACAAGCACAAAGGGGAGCACAAACACAAAACUGAACACAAAAACAAAGACGAACACAAGAGGAACAAAGAAACAAGUCUAGUAGUUAUGGAGAAGAAGAACAACCUAACUCAAGAACCAAGUGAAGAAUCAACAGAUUUAGAAACGAACUAUGUGCCUGGUUGUCACAAGUGCUUUUUAGAGAACUAUGCCUACGCGAUUACUAAGGCGUAUAUGGCUGAAGCGAAUGCGUGUAAAUAUUGUGAAGUGAUACGGGAGAUGUUAGAAGUGCCUAAGAACUCUAACCGCCGGGGUUCGGCUCCGGCGCUGGUGAACUUGGACAGCUGUUCCGAGACUGAUGAAGAAGAUCUAUUGAUGGUGCCCAUGGUGAAAGAUAGGAGGAAGUCUGCGGGGAUCCUCAAGUUCCCUAGUUCGGCGAGGAGGCCUAGCUUCGGUCCGCCGACGAUGACGGUGACGGUAUCAUCGGAGCGGCGGGCGGACUCGCUGGCGGCGCAGCGCUGGGGGGCGCCUCGGCAGGUCACGCUCAAGCGCAGCCCUGGCGCUCCGCUGGGUGUCAGCAUCGUUGGUGGGAAGGUUGACAUAAUCUCCAACCGCGAUGGAGACGAUGGUGAGGAGAAGGCCAUAUUUGGCAUCUUCAUCAAAAACGUGGUGCCCGGCAGUCCUGCUGGUAACUGUGGAGAGUUACAGACAGGAGACCGUAUCCUGGAAGUGGAUGGCGUGUGCGUGCGAUCAGCUCAGCACGAGCGCGCCGUCCAGCUCAUCAAGGCGGCCGGUGAUACCGUCACUCUCACCGUGCAGAGUCUACUAGCAUGGAACACAGACUCUUCAGACGUGGAAGCCUCAAGCCCGGCCGCGUCACCCACCCCCUCCGCGCGCCGCUCCCCCGCCCCGCCUCAUCCUGACAAGACGCCGCAGCAUGAGAUCAAGAUAACAAUAACAUCAGAAGCUGACGUGGAGAAGGAAGCUGAUGGGGAAUCAGAGAAGCCCAAGGAAGAAGGUUCGAGUGAACCAAAGCCAGUAUAUUCUGACUCCGAGAGCAGUGACGAAGAGGAUGAACGGGAACUGCAGGGCAGGACUUACUCCGAUAAGGGAGUUGAGAUCGACCGCGCCUCCGCGGGAGCAGUAAAGCGCAGCAAAGAAGAGAAGGAGGCGGACCCAGAAGAAGAAGACGACUUCGGCUACACCACAAAUAAAAUCCGCAAGAAGUAUGCAGGUCUCGGAGACACGGUGGUGUCAGUCCGACUGGAGCGGUCCCCCCGAGGGGGGCUGGGCCUCAGCCUGGCUGGUCAUCGGGACAGGAGCAGGAUGGCCGUGUUCGUCUGUGGGCUGCACCCGGCUGGGGCCGCGGCUAAGGCCAGCCCGCCGGUCAAAGUUGGGGAUGAGAUUUUGGAGGUGAACGGCAUAGUACUCCACGGAAGGUGUCACCUCAACGCGUCUGCCAUCAUCAAGGGGCUGGUGGGACCUGUCUUCAAGAUCAUAUUGCUGAGGCGAAAAUCAGCGUUAGAAGAUGUAGCAGUGAAACCGCUCACUCCUGCGCAGUUCCCAGUCGCCCUAGAAGAAGAGUCGGAAGACCGGUUCGCUGGCUACAAAGGAGUACGAGAUAUCACCAUCAAGAAGGGUCCAUCUGGUCUGGGCAUCAUGAUCAUCGAGGGUCGCCACACGGAGGCAGGUCGAGGCAUCUUCGUGUCAGACCUGCAGGAAGGCAGCGCCGCAGAACAGGGAGGACUACAGAUUGGUGACAUGCUGUUAGCAGUAAACAGAGAUUCCUUACUGAACUGCAGUUACGAUGCUGCUGCAGCGAAGUUAAAGCAGACAGAAGGCGUGGUGGUGCUGACGGUGUGCACGCCCAACCUCAAGGAGCCCGGAGACGAGUCGCCUGGCGCGCCCGCCACUCCUGGAGCUGGCAGUGGUUCAGUAGGCGGUACAUCUCGUCCCGCCAGCAGGAACGCGGACGCUCUCGCUGCCAGCCGCCCGCAGACACCACGACCUGCACCCUCGCCGGUUAAAGUGGAACCACCCGCAGACCCUGCGACGGCACCAAUACUGCCAAACGUGGACACCGUCAUAGAGAUCAACUCCAAUAACCAAGUGUUAGGGUUACAGCUGCUAGGAGGCAGUGAUACGCUUAUUAAUGGUGCAUCAGCAAUAAUCCUGGACAUCUACAAGGACGGUGCGAUAGCGAAGGACGGUCGUCUGAAGCCCGGCGACCACAUCCUCGAGUGUAACGGCGUGCACCUCACCAAGGAGAUGGCGCACGAGAGACUCUGUCUUACCAUUAAGCAGAAGACUGCUAAGUUAAAGCUAACAGUGCACCGACCAGAGCCGAUCCGUUGGGAGGAGGUGGAGAUCGACCUCGCGCGCAAGGCGGGGCGCCCGCUCGGACUCGCGUGUGUAGCUCCGGUACAGGCACCAGGGGUCUAUAUAGGGAACCUGCUGCCAGGCACACCAGCAGAGUUAGACGGUCGGAUCCAACGCGGAGAUUUCCUCCUCGCCGUGGAUGGCAAAGACGUUUCCUCAGCAGACCUGAUCGCAGCCGCCACCGCACUCAAGCUCUGCGCCAAUAAGGCCACCAUCAAGGUCCGAAGGUUCAAGACCCUGAGGUAAGACCCUACGUGGACGAUAUGCGGAAAUUUGCAAUUUCGCAAAUGGUGUUUCCUAGCCUUAUGUUAAACGUUUUGGUGUCACUGUUUUGGAUGAGGAUCAGAGGAAUUGCGAUAGCUUGACUUCGCCAUUUUGAAAUUUUGACAGUUGACGUUUGAGCAGUUGACAGAUGUCAGUUUUUUUGUACUGACUGACAGUAUUUGUCAACUGUACCAAAAAACGGUCAGACUAUAGUUUGUUGAAGAUGUUAAAACGUAUGCAGAAAUGUGCAUUACCCUCUUUGCGUCUAAGCAAGGUUAUGGCGACUGUCAGAGUAUCGUAUUCACUCUUUUGGUAUUGAACGAAAGAUGAGUAAAAGUGAUAAUGUUGGUUGGUGUUGUAAAUAUGAAUUAGGAGGAAUUAUAAAGAUCAAUUAGAAAAUCAAAGCUGAAGAUAAGGUAUCUAACACCAUUGGUAAAAGGUUUUACCUGAAGGUAAUUAGGCACUUGUUUUCUUUAGUUAUUGGUGAAUGAUAAAUUAACCGCUGAAUAUAUUUUGUAAAACAUAAUUUAAGAUGCAGAUCAAACAUUUAUGUUUAUUUCUUUGUUGCAAUGUGUUUGGAGAAUGAGAUUACUCGAAUUAAAUGAAUAGUUUAAGAAUAAUACAAUUAUUUAACCAGUACUCGAAUAUAACAAUGUGAAGUACCUAUAAACAAUAGUUUAAAGUAAACUGUGACACCAAAACUAGGAUUACUAUAGAUACGAUAGCUUGCAGAUGGAAAUAAUAUUGCAAAGAGAUAAAAAAUCUGUUUUCUCGACAUUCAAAAGACCAAAAAAAUUGGUUCAUUACUAAAUUUCGUAUAUUAUCUUGAAUAUUUUUUUGAUCUGCAAAUAUAUCGUAAAAUAAUUUAGAUUAAACUCUAGGCCAAAUAUAUUAAUACUUACCUAGUUACUCAGUAGUUGACAUCGGGUGUCAACGUGAUUAGACAAUAACUUACACUCAUUCGAUUCCUUGUUUAACUAAUAUCAAAAACUUUUUGAAAAUUUUAAAAAAGAAACUAUUGUUUUGUUACUAAACUGUUAUGUCACUUUCAACUCUGAACCGUUAAGUUAAACCUCAAUUUUGAAAAUAGCUUAUUUCAAACGCCAUUUUGUUUUUCAAAUAAUUUAUUUCUGAUUCGUGUAAAAUAUUUUGUUCAUUCAUUUUUUACGUUAAUUUAGCUAAAAAUAAAUUGUAAAAAAUAGCUUUAGAGUUAAAUUAGAUCAAAAUUAUUUGCCAAGUUUAGAAUUUAGUUGUAAGAUGAUUUGAGAUUUAGCUUUGGUUUAAGGCCGAUAUAACCCUUGGUUUUUAGCCACAUUUUAGCUUAGAGAACACCUCAGUAUUUUAGAUUUGCAAUCUUAAAGUACACCUUAAUUUACAAGAGUUAAUUAAUAUUACACGGAUUUCACUUCAACUUUAGCCUAUGUAUUUAUUUUGAAAUUUCAAGUUUUUUUUUGUAUAAAAUCGUUCUAUGUUUUUUAUUUAUGUAAAAUAAAAAUUGAUUAUUUUUGCACUUCUGCAUUAUCAAGUACAAAAUAUUUAUUUUUGGCCAUAACGUUUUCAUUUAUUAUUUACCAUUUUUUUUUUCAUUUACUACCCAAAUUAAAUUGUGCCAGUAAACCGCAAUAAUUUCAGAACACACCUACCAAUACUGAAAUAAAGCUAAAUAAGAGUACAUUUAAAUCUAGUCGUAUUUACGUAGAUAUAAUGUAUGUGUAAGUUGCCUUUUAGUAUAGGCUUCAAUACUAACGUCGCUAGCGCUAGUCCCUAAUAGGAAAUAAUAACAAUAUUAAUAAUUUAGCAAAAAGAAAAUAUCCCUUGUCCUAGACAACAGCGAAAACUAAGCGAAACUUUAUAAAAUUGUGACCACAAACAUUAUGUAAAAAAAUGCAAGGGUGUCUACACAUCAAGAAGGACAGUUUUAUUUUUAAUAUUAUUUUUGUAGAUUUUGUUUAAUUUUUAUCAUGGAAACUGUCAAUUAAGUGGGAUUUAACGAUCAAUAAAAGACAGAAAAGCUUAAAUUAUGGGUGUGAAAAAACACAUUCUGUAUGAGAUACUUGUUUCUGUUUUUUUUUUGUAAACACAUUAACGAAAGGUUUUUUUAAUGAUGGUGUAGAUAAACAUAAAGAUAUAGGACGGUGUUCAAAGAGUUUUAUUCGUAAAUAAUUAUGUAAAAAAUCUAUUUAUCUUAAUCUUGCUGAUAGCUAAAUAUUAAAAAGCAAACUUGCAAGUUUUUUAAUAAAAUUAUAAAUAAAAUUUUGAAAUAAUGCAUUUAAAUAAAUGAAUGGAUUGCGUAGCAUAAUUCUAAAACAUUGUAAAGUGUAUAAAGAAUCUUAUCCCUUUUCAUAAUUACCUUAUAUUUAGAAAAAUGUACUGUUAGGCUUAAAAUUGUAGGUUUUCAUUCUUGUUUUAGUACAUACAUGACCAAUAUUCUUGAAGGACAUUGAACAAACAUCAAUGUAUUUUGAAAAGCUUUAGUUGGUCAUUUUGUACUAGAAACAUUAGAUUCGUAGCACGGCCUCACUUGUAGCUAAACCUUGUAUAAAUAGCAUUAUAUUUUUAAUAUCCUCAAAUGUUGUAUAACCUGUGCCACAAAUAAAAUACCUUAACCGUUUUUUUAUCAACAAAAAUUAGGAACAAGAGUAUUUUUUUAAUGACAUGUAUUGUUUUUUUAUUAACCUACAAACCUACUUAGUGAGCUAUUCAAUAAAUAAACUGUUUAUUCUCUUUAAGAUUCUUCAAUUCCAAAAAUAAUUAUUUGUGAACCUAUUUACCUAAGUAGGUACAUUUUCCAUGCGAAUAAAAUGAAAUCUCCAAUUUAAGUCCAAAAUCAUGGGUACCCCAUUAGAGUUCCAAUUUCAUCUUACGUUUAUCUACAGGGCUUUUUUAAAUAGGCUUGCUUGUAACUACCGUUAUAAAAAAAGUAUUAUUUCUUUUGGAAAUAAACUUAGUUUACAGAUUUGAGAAAACAAAUUGAGUGUGGAAUUGGAACAUUUUUGGACAAACCCUGGAUUGGCGGUGUGCUAUUUAUAAAACUAUUUAAAUAGUUAGAAUAAGUAGAAAUUUGUGAUCUUCAUUAUUAUAAAUAAUUAUAAACUCCUUACAGUUAUUGUAAAUGAUAUAACUUUAGAAUAUAAAAUGUAACUCUUUCAGUACUUAUUUAGUUAUGUACCCUUUUUCCUUGUCGUCUAAGAUUCGCCUUGAUAAAGUAAUUUAAACUCUAUUGUAAUGAAGUUUAGGUGUAUAUUAGAAUAGUUUCAGUUUUACUAGACGCGUUCUAGUGUAGGGACUUAAGAUUUUAAUAAAAUUUUAUUGUUGAGGUUUACCUAAUAUAUAAUAUAAACGGAAACUGUAUGAGAUAGCGGUCUGUAAUAAAACGUGCGCUUUUUUAAA